AUGGCCACGCAACCAGCCAACGCGAUGGCCACGCAACAAGCCAAUGCGACGGCCCCACAAUCGGUGGAUGCGGUAGCUAUCCAAUUGGUAAACAACCCACACCCGAAUAGAGGCGCGAGUUGGUUAAAGGAUUUCAGGCGGUACAACCCCCGUCCUUUUGUCGGUUCAAAGGAAGAUCCCACAGCGGCUCAGAUGUGGAUCGCAAACAUGGAAACAACCUUUGAAUCAAUGAGAUGCCCUGAUGAACAUAAGGUGGCAUGUGCGACAUACGUGUUACAAAAAGAUGCAGAAGUGUGGUGGUCGGAUAACAAACAGAGCAUCAACCCGAGCGGGGGAAUUACAACAUGGGAGACCUUCAAGGAAGCCUUUCUAAAAUACUAUUAUCCAAAGAAAACCCGUAUAAAGAAACAGCAAGAGUUUAACCACUUAACCCAAGGUGAUCGCACGGUGGAUCAGUACGAUCAGGACUUCAUGAGAUUGAGAAGGUUUACACCGUCUUUAGCCGACACUGAAGAGAAACAGACAGAAAAAUUUGUGUUAGGAUUGAAUCCGAAAACCCGCCGCAUGUUAGAGGCCUUUAACCCAAAAACCAAUGAAGAAGCCCUAAGGACGGCCAAGGCCCUAGAGGAACCCCCAGAGGAAAAGAAAACAGAGCCAACAGUCACCACGGGGAGGAAACGCCCUGUCGAGGUCGAUACCACAGAGUUCCAACCACCGUUCCAGAGACCUCGAUAUUAG